AUGCCAGUGCGGGGCGGCCGUUGGGGAAGCUUCUGGGAGCUGCGGGCGAGGCAGCUGCAGCGUCAACUGCAGGCCAAAGAGGAGAGAAUAGUUGAGCUGGAAACGGAGAAUGCUCUUCUUCACCUGAAACUGGCGGAGUCCCGGGAAGUGACGGGAAGGGGCUGCAGGGAAGAGAUGCCCCGGCGAGGACACUCAAGCUCCGCCCUGACCCGGCUCUGCCGCGCCGCCCAGAAGCUGAAACGAGAGAUGGAGGUGCUUCGGUCCUCUUCUCGAGGGCUCCUCCAGAGUUACCGGGAGGAGCAUCGGGACUGUCUUUCUGAGAUAGUGCGGGCUGUCCAGACGGCCCAGCUCCACCAUGAGGCUCUGCUGGCGGCCUGGCCGGCGGAGGCAGGGCGUCUGGAGCGGUCCCUGCGGGACGUGACCGAGUGCUGGCGGCAGGAGCAGCGGGAGCGGCGGCGGCUGCAGGAGGCCCUGGCGGAGCUGAAGGGCGACAUCAGAGUCCUCUGUCGGAUCCGCCCUCUGCUGCCCUUCGAUGACAAGGCUCAGGAGCUGGUCUCACGGAACAGCUCCGUGUCCGGAGGCGUGGUCCACGCAGUCGAUGACGAAACCGUCCUGGUGGAGUGCACCCGGCCUGGCCACCCUUUGAUUAAUAAGACAUAUACGUUUGAAAGAGUUUACGGCCCAGCAGCAUCUCAGAGAGUGGUGUUUGAAGAUGUGUGUCCCCUUCUUACGUCCUUCUUGGAUGGGUACAACGUCUGCAUCAUGGCUUAUGGGCAGACGGGAAGCGGGAAGAGCUUCACCAUGCUGGGCCCGCAUUGCCAGGAGGAGCCGGCCCCGCCGUCGGAACCCCGCGGCGACGCGGGCAUCAUCCCCAGGGCGGCUGGAGAGCUCUUCAGGCUUAUUUCAGAAGAUGCGUCACGGAGCCCCGAGGUGGACAUUUCCAUAGUGGAAGUUUAUAACAAUGACAUUUUUGACCUUCUGGCUAAUGACAGCUGUCGAGUGGCAUCUGGGAUGAAGCGACAGGUGCUGACGACCCAGCAGGGGAAGAAGGCGGUCUGCGGGCUGACCUACCAGUCGGUCCGCAGUGCCGCGGAGUUCCUGACGCUUGUGGGCAGGGGUCUGCAGCUGCGGGCGAAGCAGCCCACUGCGGUGCAUGCCGAGUCCUCCCGAUCUCACCUGGUGAUAACCGUGACCCUGGCCACAGCCACCUCCCCCCCCCCACAGUCAGAUCAGUCAGCGUCCACAGAGCCCUGCCGGCCUGGACCGCGGUCGCCGGCCACCGGGAAGAGGCAGAGCCCGCCCGUGCCCCCGAGGACCCGCGGGCAUGGACUCGGGCAGGUGGCCCCAGACCCCCUGGGGCAGGUGCACGCCACCCUGCAGCUUGUGGACCUGGCGGGCAGCGAGUGUGCGGGUGUGUCUGGAGUGACGGGGCCAGCCCUGAGGGAGACCUCUUGCAUAAACCGGAGCCUGGCGGCCCUCUCGGACGUCUUGGGGGCGCUGGCGGAGGGCAGAAGCCACAUCCCCUACCGGAACAGCCGGCUCACCCACCUGCUGCAGGACGUGCUUGGAGGUGACGCCAAGUUACAGGUGAUCGUGUGCGUGUCCCCAGGCCAGAGGCACGUGGCCGAGACGCUGCAGAGCCUGCGGUUUGGCGCCCGAGCGAGGCAAGUGGAGCGAGGCCGUCCAGCCCCCAGAAAACUCAGGUGA